ACCUGAUAGAAGCUGCAUCGGGAAGCUCCAAAAGGACCACGCCUGCUUCGACAACUGGAUACAACCAGAUAUAUGCUGGGAAAGUGAAUUAACCUCGCAGUGAUACGAACCGCGCUUACGUUCCGGCAAAGAUUACAGCAUCUAGCAAAAAUGCUGCGGAGACAGAUCCGCGAACGCCGCGAGUACAUAUACAAAAAAUCGCUUGAGGAGAAAGAGCGGCAGAUCUGGGCGAAGAAGCAGCAGAUCCGCCAGCUUCUCGCAGAAGGCAAGCCCAUCCCGCCCGAGUUGCGAGAAGAUGCCAAGGCACUCGGAGGCAAGCUGACCCUCGAUGAAGGACAGAGCGAACCCGCGACAUCCAUAGACGACGAGUACGCCCGUGCAGGGCUGUACGAACCCAAGAUCCUGAUCACCACCUCGCGUGAUCCGUCCUCUCGUCUGACGCAAUUCGCCAAAGAGAUCCGCCUCGUCUUCCCCAACUCCACUCGGCUCAAUCGCGGUGGCUACACUGUCGCCGACCUUGCCGCAGCGUGCCGUGCGAACAGCAUUACCGACCUGAUCGUCUUGCACGAGCACCGAGGCGUGCCGGACGCGAUGGUCGUCUCACACUUCCCGCAUGGGCCCACGCUGCUCUUUACACUCUCCAAUGUCGUCUUGCGACACGAAGUCUCCGCACACGCGACAUCGACCGUUUCAGAGCAGUACCCACAUCUGAUCUUUGAAAAUUUUGGUUCCAAGCUCGGCGAGCGCGUCAAAUCGGCGCUACGCUACCUCUUCCCCGUCGCCAAGGACACCAGCACGCGCGUCAUGACAUUCAACAACGCCAACGACUUUAUUUCUUUCCGGCAUCAUGUCUACAUCAAAAUCUCACAUCGCGAAGUGCAGCUAGCAGAAGUCGGGCCGCGCUUCGAGAUGCGGCCAUACGAGAUCCGGCAGGGCACGCUCGAGCAGACAGAGGCGGAUGUAGAAUGGGUCCUGCGGCCGUAUAUGAACACAGCACGCAAGCGCAGCCAGCUGGCGUGAACCGUUUCAGCAUUCGUUCUCAAUAUCUCUUGCAUUACAAGCAUGUUGUACUUUAAGCAUCCUCCAAGCAGUCAUCCAUC